AAGUGGGUCGUGAAACGUCCACAAGAAAACAGCCAAGCUCAGAGAGCCCCAAGGGCCCCACAAUCCUCCUCCUCCUCUCCUCAAACCCCCAUCGCCUUCUAGCACUGAUGACGUCCCUUAGCUGGGUCGUGAAAUGUCCACAAGAAAACAGCCAAGCUCAGAGAGCGCCGAGGACCCCCCCCCAAACCCGUAACCUCAUUCUCAAGAAAAACCUUGAGACCUGGCUCAAGGUCUUCCCCCCGACCCUUCCCUUCAUCUGAACUCGCAUGUGUGAAGCCCUUUAUGCUCCUUCACACCAGGGUUAGCUGGAGGUAAAUCUAGGAAGCAAACCAGUAGUGGGAUUCAAAUAAUUUAACAACCGGUUCUCUGCCUUAAUUCUUUCUUCCAGCAAUCAGUCCAUCAAACUGCUCAGAAAGUUAACAACCGGUUCGGCCGAAGUGGUGCGAACCGGCUGAAUCCCCACCCCUGAAGGAAACCUAGCAAGCCACCUCCAAUUCUGAAGACAUCCUUUUCAUUUUAAUUUUUUAAUUUAACGUCCCGUCCCGUUCCCGUCAAGUUUAAUUCAACAGGUGCGGCUCGCGGGCCAGCGAGAUCUCUCCUCGGUGGAUGUCCUUUCCCUGGGGAGUGGGAGGGUGGGGGCCAUCGCCCCACACUUCAACCGCGUCCCUCAGUUCUGAAGGACGGCCAUAAAAAUGACGUCUAACAUUGCUCAACGCCGCACCCCAUCCUUGGAUUGUUUGCGGUUCGGACUUGUUUCUGUUUUACAACCACCGUCCUAACCAGUGCCAUGAGAUCCUAGUUAUUCAGUAACCCAGGAUUCCCUUUUUAAAAGCACCAUUUUCUCGCCGUCAAAGUCAAAGGUCUCGCUUGUCUUCCCCGGGCUAAGGAAGAGCUAGAAUCACCGUUCCGCCAUGAAGUCUUCUUGGAUGUUGAUUCUUGCUUUGUGCCUCCUGCCGGUCCUCGCCGAAGGCAUCACCGUCCAGGUCCAAAAUAUGUCCUUCUUGGAUUCGAUCAAAGCCUUGAAGAAGGUUCUGGAUGCUGCACCCCAAAACCCCCGUUUCCGAAGCAGGGGACUGGAGCCUGCUUGCUUAGACCCCGAACUUCCCAGUGAAUUCGCGCCUCUCUGCUCCACGCCGAAAGUUGCUGCUGUGUUUCGAACCCUCGACGCCAUCGCCAGCGACCCCGAGACCUGCGAAAUCUGCUUUAACGUCGCCUGUUCCGGGUGUUAAGUGAGAACCAGCCGUGCUCUCCACUGGUGAUCGCCUGGUGGUCACCCAUCCUACAAACCUCAUGUUCGAAGUCACCUCCGGGUCAUCGACGUAGAAUUCAGGACUGGUGUCGAGAGAGACAGGGAACAGACACGGAAAACCAGCCACGAUCCUGGAAACAAACCCACAAAGCCUCCUUCUCAGUAGCUGCGUUCACACAUUACCACCCCCCCACCCUCCCCCAAGCCAUUGUUUCCUUAACCGUGGUUUGUUGGGCAAACCACACUGAGAUGGCUUCCGAAGCAAGCUUUCGGUUUACUUUUGAACCGUAAAACUUUGUUUGAUCGAAACUAAGCCCAACGUAAGAUAGAAACUGUACUUUUUGGCUCCACUGCUCCUGCUUAGGCGGGGGGUUGGACUAGAUGACCUCGAGAGUCCCUUCCAACUCUUGUUAACCUAAGCUAAUCUAAAGAUAUGUUUGCUUUUUAACUCUUUGCCGCAAAGUUAGCAUCCUUUGCUAUGUUUCUGCCACUUUUUUCUCCAAGUUCACUCCACUCCCUGCCCACAGCUGUUUCGGGCUUUUUCUUCUCCUCCAUCCCUUCCCUUCAAUAAAUUUAUUUUUGUACUUCUGUAA